AUGCCGGUUCGCCUCCUCUUCUUCCACAACUUUACCAAUAAAAAAAAAAGAAACGCACCACCCCAUGGGAGGCAGAGACCCAAAACCAGAGCGCAACGCGCGGUGCCGCAAACAAAAGCGCAGACACCACCAGCACAUGUAGAAAACACAAAUCACGACGGCAAAAACCAGAUGGCGCGCCUGGCACUCCCAAAAAAAAAUACGAGGGUGGGGGCCCAACCCCGCCACACGGACAAGUCCGGGAGGACCCGGGGCACCGCCCAACCCCACCAAGGCGGAGCAGCACAACGACACAGAGGCCACGAACGACCAAAAGAAGAAUAA